GCCAGAUCCCUUCUAAUUCCCUCCGCGCUCGCUGCUUUCACAGCACUCACCACCAGCGUCCGUACAAGCCAGCUCUUUCCGGAAGGCGAGCCGGAGCGAUCGAGCGAGAUAUGGCAACGGGAUUCGCGCCUCGCAUUAUACCUCGCAUUAUCGCGAGCGGCCGCACGAAGCGCUGCAGAGAGGCUUUGCCCCGUCGUCGGUGCAGGAGAGCGAUACCGAAUACGCUAUUGAUGCUUCUGGCAGUCGCCGUGGAAAUGUGCGCCGUUUCGCCGAGAUCGCGCGCUGGCGUCGCUGGCAUCGCCGUCGCCGUCGCCGGAGGUGUCGUCGCAGCAGGAGGGCCGUCGCAAGGAGGCAGUUUUUUCGAGUGCGACGAGUCGCAAGCCGCCAUGUAUUCGGCGACGUUCGAUCCCUCCACUGCUCCCUCAGCGCGGUUCCUGGCCAUAGCCCACCUGUGGGAGCAGCUGAGCAAGGCGCGCCUGCACCUGGCGGAAGCCAUGGCCCUGGCGCGCCACUGGGGGCGCACGCUGGUGCUGCCACGUGUCAGCAGCAGCCGCAUCGGCGGCAACAACCUGCCACGUGGCACCUUCCCUGCGUGCGCGUACUUUGACACAGAGCUGAUUGGUCGGUUCGUGCCGUGGGUGACGGAGGAGUACCUGUGGGGGGCGGUGGUGCCAGCGUGGGAGGGGCGAGGGGGAGUGGGGCAAGGGGGAGGAAGGGGAGGGAGAGGAUGGAGGAGUGCUACAGUGCUGCUAGACGAUUUCAGAGGGCAGCGAUGCAACCUGACAGCCUCGGUGCUCAAGACGCGCCGGCCCUUCCCCGCCUCCCCCCACCUGCCAUCAUCCUGGAACACCUCUCUCUACGGCCUCGCCUUCUCGCCGCGCUCCCCCCUUCUCUGCACCACCAGCUGUGACGAGCGCCCGUGGUUACGCUGGUUACCACCGCGCGCGGAGGACUUGAGGGUGCAGGAGGAGGUGGCUGUGCUCAUGAAGUUCACCCAUACCGCCUGCUUGGGACGGCUCAAACCGCUGGCAGAUCUAGCCCAGGAGCAUCUGGAGUACGCCCCCCAUCUCCACCGCCUCGUGUCCUCCUUCGCGUCCCACCACCUCAACCAGGGGCGGUACAUAGCGGCGCACUGGCGCGUGGAAAAGGCCAUGAUGAGCCACCGCUCGCCCGUGCAGAUGCAGCAGUGCGUGGAGGGGCUGCUGCGGGACACCGCCGUGUGGUGGCUGCAGGAGAGGGAGCGGGAGGCCAUGCCGGAGGAGGGGGAAGGGGAGGGGGUGAGGGGAAGAGGGAGUGUAGUGGUGGGUGUGAGAAGGGGAGGGGGAGAGGAGGGCAAGGUGCCAGUGUUCAUGGCAACAGAUCUGACUCCGGAGAACAAGUGGCUAUCAGGCACGGCACAUCUUGACCAGCGCCACCGGGAGAUCGCUUUCCACGCCGUCAAGGACCUCUACGCUCGACUACAGCCGCCUCAGCUGGACGCCUUUCUCCCUGGUCUACGAGAGGCGGACAUCGGAGUGCAGGCCAUAUUGGACAAGCUGCUGUGUAUAAACGCUGCAGUGUUUCUCUACGCACCACCCAGCUGCAGAAACUACGCGCCCACAGGGAGUGGCUCUGCCGUGGCUGAUGAAAUCUGCUGGUGGCGGGCACGGCUGGGAAAGGAGGGGCGGAUGAGGGGGAGUAGAGGAUUGUCUCCUUGCAGGAUGUGGGGGGACGGGCAGUGAUUCUUAGCUGUACACUUGUUAUGUUGCACUUGUUUUGCCCGUGUACAGCUUUGUGCUGUUCACAAUGAA